AUGGCUGCGGAGCAGGGGCUAAAUUCGCCCGUUGUGCGACGCCUAGAUGAUCUCAACUCUGUCCUGGAAUGGACUCAGAGCAAUGCCGUCAAGGACAAAUACAAGAUCGCCAAGAAUGUUCAAAAUGUCAUUCUAGCCUACCGAUCAGGUGUCCUGGACUGGUGUCAUGGCUUUGUCACCUACUGGCACAAUGGAGCCGAGCUUUGUGCGCCAAGGCCCUUCAAGUGGAAUGAAUUCCACUAUCUUUAUGACAAGCACCAGGGAAACGAGAUGGGGUUUUGGGUCGAGGGUAUAGAUGGCCCUGGACCUAGUAGUCAACAGGCUGUGAUCGAAUGUGGAACGGGGCCUAGAAAGUGGGCAGCAGAGAUGUCAAUUGCUCUUCGAAUCCUUAUAGCAGGCGGUAAACCAUCACCUGGGCCCUUUGAAUUCUCGUUCAAGGAUGAUACCGGGGCCGACUAUAUGGUCCUUUAUGAAAACAACGUGGAUCAACUAAGAACCAACCUACAAGCCAAGGGCAUUAUGUACCCCGUACCUCGACUAUUGAGUGUCUUAGUCGGAACUUUGGGCGAUGGGAGCAAGGAAGCCAUGUUAGUAAGAGAAUUGGAAGUCAACAUGUGGGAUGAGCAAGAGAAGCAAUAUAUGGCAGCCAGUUGGGACUCGAUACCGGUUGUUGUCCUUCCUGAGCGUGGAACAAAACGCCGGAAUGGUCCUUGGAUGCGUUGGAAGUUCUAUACAGCAACAGCCCCCGAUAACUCGAACUGUUUGUGGUUAUAUGACUACAAUCCCUCGAAUCCCCUUAUGCGUGGCCCGAGAAUUCCUACCGCGACUCAAGCACAAAUGGAUGGGGCAUUGCCGACUGCGCAUAAAUAUGAGAGCAUCGAUAAUCAUCCUCAAUUUAACCCGGACCUCCCGUCGGGGAAAUCGACAAUAUAA